AUGGCGGACACUGCCUUGAAGCAUCGAGCUGAGUUUGCCUUUGCUCAGCUUGAGAACGAGAGAUCUCUGACAUCUCUUCGUGACGAGCUAAGGGUAGCUCGUGGGAUUGCUGAUCGGUCUCGGGAUGAGAUAGCUGCUCUUCAGACCCUUGUUGAUGCCCACCAUCGGGAGCACAAGGCUCUCUGCGAGAUGCUUGAGCGCAAGGGCGUUCUUCAUCGGAAGAAGCAGCGUACUGAUGGUACGGCUUAA